UAGUACCUACCUAUCUAAAUUAUAUUGAUCUAUUGAACAAGUGAUUGAAUUGAAUAUACUUAUUAAAAAUGACUGGAGCUUUGUUUAAUAUUUUAAUUCCUACUAAACAACAUGAAUUACAUCUUUCUCAACAAAUUGCUUGUGAUUGUCCAAUUAAAAUCAAACAACCCAAUGAUAAUACAUUCAAUAAACAAUCACUCAACCGUCCCAAACAUCAUUUAUCGAUAACUAUGGAAAAAACAUUGGAAGCAAUUUUAUGUAGCUUGCAGAUUUUCAAUUCAGUAUGGAAUCAAAGCAGAGAUAAUAGAUGCUAUUCGGUAACCUUUUCAAUUGCUUCUAAUGAACAUUGUGAACAUAUUUUGAAUUUAUUGAUGGAAAAUGGCAUUGGAGUAAAAUUAAAUUCGACAGUAGUAGUCUUACCUUGUUCGUUAUAUUAUCAAGAUACUGCGAAGUCUACUCAAUCAGUUUUGGAAACCACUCAGGAUAAAAAUCCACCUAAUUUGUAUGAAUCAUCUUGGAAAAAAUUUCUUCAGUCAGUUAGAUCUCGAUUAACCGUGGCACAAGUUGUUCAAGGUAUAGAAGCUGGUGCAAUGCUAACCUUUGAUUUUUUAAUUCUUUUAAUAAUUUCGGUAACAGUUGCAGCUCUUGGUUUGAUGCAAGGAGAAACUAUUAUAUUUGUCUCUAGUAUGCUUCUUUCUCCACUUAUGGGGCCAAUUAAUGCUGCUACAUUUGGAACUAUGAUCAAAAAUAAGAAACUUAGAAACAUGGGGAUUGUAAACGAAAUUAUUGGUUUAAUUAUUUGUGUGAUAAUUGGUUUUUCAUAUGGUUUAACAGCUACUUAUUUUGAUAAAAGAGAUUCUAGUCAGUGGAUAACUAAUGAAAUGGCUUUCAUGACAGAUAUAAGCAGCUUAUGGAUUAGUAUUGUACUUGCGUUUCUUGUUGGAGUUGCUGUGCCUAUUGCUUUAUUAGGAAACAAUACAUUUUCUUUAGUCGGAGUAGCAAUAUCUACAUCACUAUUACCACCUUCUGUCAAUGCUGGACUGUUGUGGGCAUUUUCAGUAAGGAGUAUUAAUCAAGAUUCUUAUAAUACUAUAAAUUUACAUUAUUCAUCUACAAGAUCUGUUGAUUUUGCUAUUAAAGGCGCAAUGAGUAUGUGUGUAACAUUCAUCAAUAUAAUAUGUAUAUUUGCAUGUGGCAUUGUCAUAUUAAAAAUAAAAGCGGUUGCGCCAAAACAAAGUAAUCACUCUACAACAUUAAUCAAUGAAUAUUUAAAUGUAUUGAAAGAAAUAAACUUAGAAUUCUCUCAAGAAGAAGCUAAUUAUCUUACAUUAAGGUUAAAAGAAGAAUAUUCAAUUUUUGGAUUAUCUCCGAAUACUUUAAAAACUAGGGCACCUUGCAGUGUCACUUCUAGGUAUAAUCCUUUUGAUCUAUCUUUUGUUACUUGGUCACCGGGGUAUAAAAGACAGCAACAUGAUCUGAAAUCAUUUUUAAAUAUUCAAUCUGAUACUAUAACAGCCAAAAAUAAUGUAAAAAAUACAGAUCUAUUUGAUAGUGAAAAUUCACCAGGAUCGUUUAAAGCUGUAUUUAAAUCUUCAAUGGAAAAUUAUUCAACUAAAGCUUUUACAGAUAAUGAUACACCUUCAACUACGAGACAGUUUAUUAUAACUCCUGUAACACUGAAAAAUACUUCAAAUACUAAAGAAUAGUAUUUUUUAUAUUAAUUGAUACAUUUAUGUUUUUGUAUUAUCCAAAGCAAUAUAGUAUGCA